AGGUUUCUUGAUGCACGCAGAGGAGCAGGCAGACAAACUUGGAACAGAGGCAGCAUGUGAAGAUAACAUAAAUUCUGGAAUCAUGCCUCAAAGUCAUGACUGCAGUGGCACCCUGAAGAUCUCGAAAUAAAGAAGGUGCUUGCCUUAGUCCUUUAUGCCUGCUAGCCCAGAGAAUAUGAUACAGGUGUCACAAUGACAUCCAGAUUUGGGAAAACCUAUAGCAGGAAAGGGAGUAAUGGCAGCUCGAAGUUUGAUGAGGUCUUCAACAAACGGGCAACACUUUGUACUAAAUGGGGGGAGACUACAUACAAGGCACAGGUAAGCCAGAAGAGACCUAACUUGAAAGCAGAAGGAUCUGAAAUUCCUAAGAAGUCCAAGAUUGAGGAUGGAGUAUCAGAUGAUCCAUUUGGAUUUGACAGUGAUGAAGAUACUUUUCCUCUUCCAACACGAAGUAUGUCGCAGUCUAAAAGCUCGUCACCACAGCCUGCAGAGUCCAUGAAAACUGCCCCAUUAGAAAACUUUUCUACUGUUUUGGAGGCCAGUACCACAGCUUCCCGGCUAGCUGCUGGAGAUAAAAUAUAUUCUAGCAAAUCCAUAUCUGCUAUUCAUGCUUCAAGGGAAACAAAAGAAAACACAGACCAAACUUUGGAAGAUGGAGACCUUUUCAGCUUUAAAGUCCCCACUGCAGAGAGAAAUAAAAAGAGAAAUGUGGAGAAAGACAAGGUGAAGUCUACCACAAAAGCACAGAAAGAACCACAGAACAAGAAAGAAGAAAAGCUUGCACAAUGGAAAAAGUCAUCAGAAGAUAAAGAAAGGAGAAAAGCAGGCAAAGAUUGCGGCCAGUCAAACCACCAGAGUCUUUGUCCUACAAACAAUGAGUCUACACAAAACCAGACUUUAGAGAACAUUGAGAACAGUUGUGCAACAUACAGAAAUGCUUCAGAAAAUUAUGUGAAAGCUACUUGUCAUAUUACAAACUUAACAGAGCAUAAUACUGACAAUAAUGUACUCUUAAUGUGCGACUCCGAAUACACACAGGAAACCCUUCCAAGGAGUUAUUUGCAACAAACUGCUGAGUAUGGGUUGGGGUUUCACAUAGAGGAAAAUAAGUCAGAUGACUCGUAUUUAAAUUUUUACAGUGAUCCUCAUGAAGAGGAUAAAGGCAGCAAAACAGAGGCUUUUAAUAUGGAAGUCUUUGACAAUAUAAAGGAAACUGAAAUUGAAACUGAAAUUGAAACUGAAAUUGAAACUGAAACUGAAUAUACUGCACAUGUAAUUCUCAGGUCAGGCAACUGCAGGACAUACUGUAGGUCUAGCAAAGCAAAACAAUCCCAGGGGACAUUUAAUUUUGAAAAGGUAUUGGAUGGUACUGGUCUGGCCACUACUAAAACAAAUAGUGUUCUAAAUCAUGGUCCAGGAACGGAAAGCAAACAUGCAUCAUACACUAACACCAGUGUCCGUGGGACAGCAGGGCGGACUCGAGACUAUACUGUUCUUCACCCUUCUUGUCUUUCAGUUUGUAAUGUCACUAUACAAGACUCAAUGGAACGCAGUGUAGAUGAUCUUGCCACAGCAGCUCCAGCAGAUCUUGGAGAGGCAGGACGUCUCCGGAAAAAAGCAGAAUUAGCUACUUGUAAGACGACAACAAGAUUCCGGCCUGGCAAUCCAAAAUCUAAAAAGGAUGUCAAGCUGGCUUUUUUUGGGUUUGAUGAAAAUGAUGGGGGGGAAGGUGGUGAGGGGGCCUCCAGAACAUCUGGAAGCUCCAACUAUAGAAUAAAAUAUUUUGGAUUUGAUGAUCUUAGUGAAAGUGAUGAGGAUGAUGAAGUGUCCUCUGAGAGAAAAGCUAAGAAGAUGGCAAAAAAGGCAGCUUCUGCACGGAUGCGUAUGUCAAACUCUGAAGGAAAUGAACAUUCUCUUCAUAGCCAGAUGAGCACCAACUCGGAUACGUUGAACUAUGCUGAGGAACCUUACAUGCCAGAUGUUUCCAAGAAAAGUGUUAGCAAGCAGCCAGCCAAGGAAGGUGCUAGAAAGAUAUUUAGUGGACCAAAAAGGUCUCCUACUAAAGCUGUAUACAAUGCAAGACAUUGGAACCAUCCAGACCAAGAGGAAUUACCAUCGGCACCAUUGAGCAAAUCUCAAACCGUUCCAUCUAGUGCAUCCACCAAAGAUGCAACAUCCAUUAAAGAUGAUGGGAUCUUUAAAGCUCCUGCUCCACCACCUAAGGUUAUAAAAGCUGUGACCGUGCCUAUACAACCCAAUCAAGAAGCAAUAACCACACUUCGUUGUCGAAAAGAGGAUAAAGAGCUCUACACUGUUGUCCAGCAUGUGAAGCACUUCAAUGACGUUGUAGAAUUUGGGGAGAACCAGGAAUUUUCUGAUGAUAUUGAAUAUUUGCUAAGUGGGCUAAAGAGCAGCCAGCCCCUCAACACGCGUUGCCUUAGUGUUAUUAGUCUAGCCACAAAGUGUGCAAUGCCUAGUUUCAGAAUGCAUCUCAGAGCCCAUGGUAUGGUGGCAAUGGUAUUCAAAACACUGGGAGAUGCCCAGCAGUACCAGAAUCUAGCACUAUGUACAGCAGCAUUAAUGUACAUCCUUAGCAGGGACCGUUUGAACAUGGAUUUAGAUAGAGCCAGUUUAGAUCUAAUGAUCCGAUUACUGGAGAUGGAACAGGACCCUUCAGCACAUCAGCAGCUGAGUGAAAAAGAGAUGAGCAAAGUUAAAGAGAAAAUACGAAAACUUUGUGAAACCGUUCACAAUAGACAUCUGGAUCUAGAAAAUAUCACAACUGGACACUUAGCCAUGGAGACAUUAUUAUCACUUACCUCAAAACGAGCUGGGGAUUGGUUCAAAGAGGAGCUUCGGUUAUUGGGUGGUCUGGAUCACAUAGUUGAUAAAGUGAAGGAAUGUGCAGAACACCUAGAUAUUCAAGAUGAAGAAGAAAAACUGUUUGCAUACCUCUGGGGAGCAGAGAGAUGUCUUCGGGUAUUGGAAAGUGUUACAGUACACAAUCCAGAGAAUCAAAGUUACCUUAUAGCAUACAAAGACUCGCAGCUUAUAGUUUCAUCAGCAAGAGCUUUACAGCACUGUGAAGAACUAAUACAGCAUUACAACCGUGCUGAUGUUAAAACCUGUGGAGACAAUGCAUUGUGUUCCCGUAGUUCUAACCACCUGGGAAAGGCAGUGGAAGACUGCAUGAGAGCCAUUUUUGGAGUUUUGCUUAAUUUAACAAAUGAUAAUGAGUGGGGAAGCACAAAGACAGGAGAGCAGGACAACCUAAUCAGCACAGUAUUAAACUGUGUUUUGCAGGUUCCACAGUACUUGCCGCAGGAACAACGUUUUGACAUAAGAGUUCUGGGUCUAGGUCUGCUCAUCAACUUGGUGGAGUACAGUGCUCGUAACAGGCAUUGUUUGGUCAAUAUGGAAACAUCAUGGUCCUUUGAUUCUUUCUGUGCUGGUAAUGAAGAUGACAGCUUACGGAUUGAUGAAUCAGUCAGUGCCAUCCGUGCUUUGGUGCAGUUGUUCCUACAGAGAGAAAGGGCAGCACAACUGGCAGAAAGUCAAACAGAUGAUUUUAUCAAAGAUGCUCCAUCACAACAGCUUGAUAAGAGUGGGGAAUGGCAGGAGACAAGUGGUGAGAUACAGUGGGUUGCUGCUGAAAAGAGUAAUGACAGCUCAAAUACAAGACAAGUGGAUGCAGCAAAUGAUGACAAAAAGGAGGAAGAGGAUGAAGAACUUGAUUUAAAUAAAGCGCUUCAACAUGCUGGGAAGCACAUGGAGGACUGCAUUGUUGCCUCGUACACUGCACUACUGUUGGGAUGUCUAUGCCAGGACAGUCCAAUGAAUGUGACGAUUGUGAGAGAUACUUUACCAGACGGAGACUUCUCAAUAAUGACAGAAAUGCUUAAAAAGUUCCUUAAUUUCAUGAACUUGACAUGUGCUGUGGGAACAACAGGCCAGAAGUCUAUAUCUCGAGUAAUUGACUACUUGGAACACUGCUAGAAGAUGCUGGACUGUUGCUAAAGCCACUCAAUGCUGGAUCCACCCUUAGAUAAGGGUGAAAAAAGAAAAAGCCCAAUAGAAAUGUCCUUUAAUGUGUAAAGGCACUAUUUUAUAUAGAUUCAAAAACUAAUUCACCAGUAUAUUGGCCUUUUAUUUUUCUAUUGUAUCUAAUGACAUUCUGCAGUUACCAGGAAGUUAAACAUUAACUGUUAGUAAACUGCAGAACUCAGGCCAGGUACAAGCAAGGUUGAGCAAUCACUGGCAGGUAACUCAGUGCAUCUUUUGGAAGUGUGAGCUUUGUUUCAGCCUGGAUCACAGCUACUAGAACAACUGAAAUUAACAAGGUCGGUUGCUGUCGUGGUACCCUGUGAAGUACAAAGGCUAGUCUGCUGCUUAAAUCCUGUUUUCUGGUAAAAUUUCGUGGUGUAUCCCGAUUACCUUGCAAAUUUGUUGCCCACAAAGGCUUAUUUAUUUUUUUACUUGAUAUGCAUUACAUCCAUACAGGUGCUCUACUUUAACAUGGAAUCGUAACAGAAUGGCUAUAGCAGCAAAUGCAGGUCAUUGUUUUUGUUGUUACUUCAAUGUGGCUGAGAAUGUGCACGAGAAACUGUUGAAAUAAUGGAAAAGGGUAAUAAUAAAUAUAUAUUUACUGCAUCUUUUCCACGUAUAGUGCUUCUUAACACUCAUUUUGAGUCAAAAGGAUACAGCCACAGGUGAAGAUUUGAAGAUUUUAUUUUCUUCUAUUUGAAAAUGUGGGUAUUCAGAAAAAUACUGUACAUUAUUUAAGGAAAUAUCAUUCGAAGGUACAUUUUCCAGGAGAAUUUAUCAUUAAUACCUUACCCAAACUGCCUUAUUCUGAACAAUGUUUCUAGGUAUGUACUUCUCAGGCUUCUGCACUAUGUAUGGUUUCAAAUGUUGGAAGGUGUUCUUUCGGUGUAACUUCAUGGGAUGCCACAAAAUAGUAAUGUAAACCUAAUUACCUAGUGCUGCUUAGUCCAUCGUGUCCUGCCUGUUUGCAUGCGAUGUAGAACAUUUUGUGAGAUGAAUUUCUGCAGCUUGUAAACCUUGAGGGACAGGAUAAUCCACCAGUUAAGCCAUUUCUAGUAGACAUCUUAGGCAUGUUUUCUUUUUCGUUUGUGUGCUGUUUGUUUUCUUGUUUUAAGUGUUAAUAUAAUACUGCCUGAAGCACCUUUCCAGCAUAUUAAUUUAUUUUAUUUAAAUGCGUACUAUUUUAACAGGCAACGAUACAGUGUAAAGAGCGAACACAGUUUGAUGUAGAUUUGAUGCCACUGUGCAUUUUUACAAAAGAAUUAGGUUAUUUACCUUACUGCAGUGUAAAGACUACUUGGUGUGGAUUAAUGAUUGGCACUGAGUUCUGAAUCUGCACACCUGGAACUGGUUCCUUUUACUUCAGCUGCACACUACCUGGCCGUAGCUCUCUUAGUCAAACUCCCACCACCUUAGUUGCAGUUAAAAACUUUUUUCCCUUAACCAAUCCACAUCCAGCUACAAAAAUUCCGGAAAUAAAGCUAUAUUUUAAGUUCUCAGCUGAUGAUGUUCCUCACUACAGUUUCUAGACUCAUACUCGUCUUUACUGGUAAUUGAGUAGUGGGACUUUCGUUAGCAACCACUGUUUGUCAGGAAUAUUUUUUGGUUAGUUAUGUUCUUAGGGUGGCUGAGUUUUAACUAGGACUGCAUGUCGCUCAAAAGAAGCAAUAUCUCACAAAACAUCAGUAGUAAAAUUAGAAUCCAUUUUCCAUGACAUGCUGUUCUUUAGUUGCCUGUUGCAGUGAAUUUGUAACAUUAAAACCUUUUUUCUCUCCCUGUUGGCUGUUCUACACUUGCCUGUUAUAGAGGAUGCUGAAAUGUAGAGUACUCCCACACACUCAGUAGCUAAGAAAGUGUGUGAUAGUUCAGCACUCCAACCAGAACUCUUUAAAGGCUGUUCUUUGUAUUGUGAACAGAUUCUCAUAGGUUUUGUAUUGCUUGUUACCUUAUUUAAAAUGAAGCUGUAUAUUCCAGAAUAUACUAGCAUUUACAAAAUUGGAGCAACUUAAUUCAGCAUAUUUCAUUGGAGUAAGGCCUUUUGGAAUUUAGAGAAUAAUUUACCUUGUUUUUUCUUGAAUUUGAAGGUGUUAUCCCAUUGAACCACGAACUGGAUCACCCAAAAGGCAAGCUUGCAUAAAAGUAUUUUAAAUGGAGUAAUUAUGAAGAUAUGUUGUAAUGUAUAUGUCCACCACUACUGAUCUUCCCACCCACAGAGAUGAUGCAUUAAUCACUAUGAAAGCUUAAACAUGUAUCUUAGUUUUGCAUGUGUGCCUCAUAAUAGCCUUUGCUCUUUCCUGUACUUGAAAAAAAAAAUACAACUACUUGAAUUGGAUAGGUAAAACUGAGGACUGGUUAACAGCUUUGCUAGCUUCUUCCCUCUCCUUAGGUUACUUUUCAGUACAUCUUAUUCUGAGAACAGCUGAAAAUACCUUUCACUCUUCAAUCUUAAUCACUUUCCAGGAUGGCUGGCUGCUGGGUGUUUUUUUGUAGGGGUUUCACAAGUCCUUUUGAAAAUCACAUUAUUUUUUUACGUGCAUCCUGCGCAAAACCAUCUUGUUCAUUGUACAAUUGGGCAUGUUUAAUGUACUGAGCGACCCGCAGAAUUUGUAUUGUCAUCUGUCUGUGGAAGAUGCUGCAGUAGACAUGCUGUUAUUGACUUUUGAGAUUCUGGAAUUCCAUUCAUAACACUUCAUUAUUUUAGGGGGAAAAAGGUAGUUGAAAAAGGGGGUCUGGAAAGAAGUUCUUCUUGAUUAAAUUGAAAAGGGCUUUUCAUGGUUGAAGUAAGGUUUUGCAGGUGUUUGAGCAAUCCUACUUUAAGUACAGUUCUUGGAUUCAAAUGUAUUUGCCCAGAGUUGUACUAAGCUUUAGAAUGCCCUUUCCUCUGGAGUGCUGAUAAACCAGCAUACAAUAUGAUUUUUCAAGAGAAUAGUCAUGGUCUUGUAAUUGCCAGCAUACUUGCCUGUGGGAUGUGCAUUGUGGGAAAUAUCCACAAAGGUGAGUACAAGAUUUACAGAGCAGUUCCUUGACUGCUGUACAGCUUGCAGUGUAAAACCCAUUUACUGUUAGCAGUUGCAGAUGGAACUUCAACUGCACUGUUGUAACAUGAACCUGUUUUAAGUACCAGUAAACGCAUAAUGGAAAGAAAAGCUCUUGUUUAAACUAAACCUUUUUCAGUAGUGGAUAUAUGCAUACAAGUAAUGCAAGCUGUUUACCAGUUACAGAUCUUUAGAGAAGUCCCUCUUUCCAUUUUUCAUGUAGCUCAUUGCCCAUAAUCGUCCAGCAGCUGACCUCCGAAUAACAAUAACUGUGAGCUAUCCAUUUGAUUAAAAGAAUGAAAUGAAAAAAAAAGCAAGAAAUUUCCCAUUAUCAAAAGACAUACAUGAGUGGGAGUUGGCAGAUAGUGGGGAUGAGUGGGAAGGGGGAAUAAGCACAUAAACUAUUGUUUGUAUCGAAUACAUUUUUACAGAAAAAGGGUCAACACGUCAUGGAGACCAUUUGCAGAGAAUGCAAUUCUAUUUUGGGCACAUAUUGGAACUUUUAUUUAUAUCAGUCAUAAAUGUUUAGGCCAGUAUAAAGUUACACUGGUGAUUUUCAGAAGUUGUAUUUUGCACUUGGUUUAAGCUGCUCUAACUGUUGUAUCAGAAAGAAUAACGAUGCUUUUUUUGUUACAAUGGAUUACGUAGCAGGCUGAAAAAAAGCACAAAUAAUAGUUGUGCUGCUCGUUUGUAAAACAAAAGUGGAAACUCAGAUAUGUGCUUAACCUCCUGAUUGGCUAGACUGUUUUCUUUUAUUUCCAUACAGUGUGUAUGGAAUAUUUGCUGUGGAAAUUUGCACUGUUUUCCAAUUUUUACUAUUACUAAAGAAGCUUUUAUUCAUAUAAAGCCCACACACCAUAUUGACUUUUUCUCCGAUUUCUUUGUUCCAGUGAGUUUAUACUGCUUUUGUUGACACAGUGUAGUAGGUGAUGGUCUGAGGCAAAUCCUGCACUGCUUGUUUGGUGCUCAUGUGUGUCUCAAUAACUCUUUAAGUACAUAGCCUGCCAGUGUAACUCCUUAACAAGUGUGUAAUAUUUGGCUCGUUUGCAAAAUACCCUUGUGGGGAAAAGCUUCCAAAGGCAGUCUUUGAUAAAGGCUGCUUUUGUUGUAUGAUAGUAUUUUGGCCUCGGCCUUAAUAGUUUUAAUAUAACUUUUAAGUGUCAUUUUCAUUGAAUGCUCAGGGCAACAAGAAUAAAGGUGAUGGCUUUUAUUUAAGAAUGGUAUAGUAAAUGGUUAAAAGUGCAAAAAACUUGAAAAGAUUCUGUAGUGAGACGUGAACUUGAUCUGCAUUAUGGCUGUUUGGUUUAAACCCUCCAAAAACUCAGCUUAAAAUGUAUACAAUGCCUACUUGCAAAUUUGUUGAAAAAGUUUUUUUUUUCCAUUGUAAAUAUGUAUGUACAUACUGGCAGUUGGAAACUAGAAUGGUUAGAAUACUUUUCUGAAUCCAAGCCUAUUUUUAUUUUAUACAGUAUUUCUCAGUUGUGAUCUUUGGAGCAAAAGCCAAUGACAGGGAAAAAGAGUUUGUACCAGUUUAAUGAAGUUGUCUUUGGUUACAUGUAAAUAAUUUUAACUCAAAUAAAGUUGCUACUUUCAGUAAUUUU